AUGAUUUCUGGUUAUCUAUAUAAACCUGAAGAAGUUAGUAAUGUUGGGGACAAAGAGUGGUAUUUCUUCUGCAUACGAGGAAGAAAGUACAGGAACAGCAUAAGACCAAACAGAGUAACGGGAUCAGGAUUUUGGAAGGCAACAGGCAUUGACAAGCCCAUAUAUUCUGUGAAAGAGCCUCACGAUUGCAUUGGUCUCAAGAAGUCGUUGGUUUAUUAUCGUGGGAGUGCCGGCAAAGGCACUAAAACUGAUUGGAUGAUGCAUGAGUUUCGCCUCCCUCCAAAUGGGAAAACUACUACUGCUGCAAACGUCUUUCCAAAUACCAAGGAAAAUAUUGGCAAUUACCAAGAAGCU